AUGUAUGUGAAAUGGUUUGAUACAGUAAUGUUAUACUAUGUGAUUUUAGUGUAUUGAGUGAAUGUCAGUUUUUCAAAUUUCCCGCCGUUCCGUCCCCGUACAUCCUGACGCUCGCAGGGACCGGAACCCAGAAGACAGAUGCCAGCAUCGGCCGGAGGAGAUGCCCGGGGAUGCUGCAGGAGGGACAUCGCGGGAGCGCAGGACAAGGUAAGUGCUGCAGGGAAUCCCAGAGCAACAUUGCAGGGUAUUCCUGAGUGUAGCUCAGGGUUACCGCUUCUGCUACACUCGGGAAUACCGCCAGGGAGGUUAAGG